ACACCGCACAUCCCCAGGAACCCGGACUUCUUUUAACAAAACUACUUUAGUUGGGAUUUACCGGCACUUUGAAUAACUCUUGAAGCGACUGAUUUAUUGCGACAGGGAUUUGUUUUGGUGGGGUGCGCAAGUUCGUUAAGGAAGCAGGUUGUGGUGGUGAUAAUUGAGGUGGUUGGCAAAGACAAACGAGGUGGCUGGGAACGAUAUAAUACACCACCCAACACAACCACAUCUUUUGAUUUUAAGUUUCCUCCCUUAUCUUUCCUAUCCAUCACCCUGAAAUUCUGGACUGUUCCUUUUCCUCACUAACUCGAUAUAUUUUCGCUGCAUUUUCACGAACAGCGGUCUAGAGAAAACAGCGGUCUAGGGAAAACGAGGGUUGACGACUGCGAGGCAUACGACGAAUUUGACGAUACCUUGGCGGAUUUCGACGUCUUGGGAUACUUUCCGGUCGUACGAGAGUACUGAAAACGAUCAAUUACGUCAAUCACGAAUCCAUCAAUUCUGAGGAGAGAGCAUCACAACCCCCCUACUUAGCUUCCAAAGCUGGGGCGAGGCAGCUCAACCACACCUCCCUCACCACCACCACCCAUACAGCACUCUCACCAUGCAUCUCCCAACACCCCUCCUCCUCCUCACCUUCACCUCCCUCCUCACCCCCGCCCUUGCCGGCCCCUUCCCCCGAAAUGCAGCACACGAUUACAAUGGCUCUGGCUUCCUCAUGCACCGCCAAUGCGACUCCUACUGCGGCUACGGCGACGCCUACUGCUGUUCCGCAGGCCAAGUCUGCACCACCGACGCCGCCAACGUCGCUGCGUGCGUUGCUCCCACUGCUGGGUCCAGGGGUGACGGGAGCUGGAACUUCUACACCACCACCAUCGUCGACUCCGUGGCAACAACCCGCGUCGUAACGAUAUCCUCCUUCAUCGGCGCACCAGCUAGCACACACCCCUACGUCGCGCAAAGCACGGCGGUCUGUUAUGCGCCUCUGACUUCUUGCGGAACGAUCUGCUGCGCUACGAAUCAAUAUUGCUAUACCAGCGGGCAAUGCCGCGCUAAACAAGACGGCGGCGUGACAAGUGGGCCCCAACCCACCGCCCCUGUAAAGGGGACGAGCGUCAUCGCUACUACUGUGCCGGUUACGACAACCCAGGGCUUCGUAGCGCCUGUUGAGACGACGGGGUGGAGCGACUCUAUCACCUCUGGCCAUAAAUCGGGGCUGAGCGGCGGGGCAAUCGCAGGGAUUGUUAUUGGUGUUCUCGCGGGAAUAAUCUUGCUCCUCCUCCUCUGCGCCUGCUGCUGUCUCGGCGCUGGUAUUAAGGGGGUGUGGCACCUCAUCGCCGGCAAAAAGAAGGGUGACAGCCGACGCGGUUCUCGCACCGAAGUUACUACUGAGACUCGUCGGCAUUCGACGCGCUACGGUAGAUCGGCGGCGAGUAGGAGGGAGACGCAUGGAGGUUGGUUUGGUGGCGCGGUGCCGAGUGGAAGGGAUGCUGAGAAACAUGAUAAGCAUAAGAAGGAGGCUGUGGGACUUGGGGGGCUGGGACUGGGGCUUGCGGCGUUGUGGGCGGGGAUGACGUUUAAUAAGAAGAAGAAGAAGGAGAGGAGGCAGAGUGGAUCGUAUUAUACGAGUUAUUCGGAGAGUUAUACGGGGACUACUGAUAGUGAGUAACUAUCCCGCUUCCUGAUUGAAGAUACUAACAGCUUUUUAGGUAGUACGAGCUCUGGUGGACGGACGAGGAAUUCGAGGAGGUCUAGGUCGAGGAGGUGAUGUGGCCUCCUCGUUUUGCUGAGAGAGAAAAAUCGAUUUGAUCGUGUAGCGACUUUUUUUUACGGAAUUUUCAUGGCUUGUUAAGCCGAGGAGUUUGGGAUUGCAGGAGCAAUGAAUGGCAUUUACAUAUGGGGAUGAAGAUGAGGUAUAUAUGAGAUGAGAUGGGAUGGGAUGGGAUGGGAUGGGAUGGGAUUGUAUGAAUUAUGGAUACGGAUAAUUGGGCUGAGAAGAUGAUAUUGAAGGGAGGGAAAAGACUGUGGAUAUGUCAAAUUGAAAUGACGAAGGGAAGGGAUUGAUGAUAUUGAACAUAGGAAAUCAAAUACCCGGACGAUCUUGAAUCUAUAUUUCGGAUUCAAUCAGAUUCUUGCCCA